AUGGGCAAGGAUCCUAACUCAUCGCAUAGAGUUGCUAUCAAAUGUUGUUGUGAUUUAACAAAUCAAGCAGGUCGUGAUGAACGCCACGAAUCUAACAACCGAGGGAAUGUUAUUGAGUUGAUAAAGCUCUUGGCUUCUUAUAAUGAGGAUGUGGCAGCAGUGGUUUUGGAAAAUGCUCCUCAAAAUGCUUCCUAUCAUUCCCAUGGUAUUCAAAAGCAGAUUCUUAGUAUUUUCUCUGAUAAGAUACAAAGAUUCAUUCGUAAGGACAUUAAUGAUGGGAAGUUUUGCAUUCUAGUUGAUGAAUCUGAAGAUGAAUCGAAAAGAGAGCAAAUGGAAAUUGUUUUGAGAUUUGUUGAUAAAUAUGGUUUUAUAAAAGAGCAUUUCUUUGACAUAGUCCAUGUGUUAGAUACCACGUCGGCAACUUUGAAAGAAGAAAUUUGUAUUGUCCUUUCUCUUCAUAACUUUAGUGUGCAAAAUAUUCAUGGUCAAGGAUAUGAUGGUGCCAGUAACAUGUCUGGAGAAUGGACUGGGUUGCAGGCUCUAUUUUGUGCUGAGUGUCCAUUCGCAUAUUAUGUUCAUUGCUUUGCUUAUCGGCUCCAAUUGGCUUUAGUAGGAGCAUCUAAACAGGUUAUAUCUAUCAAUCAAUUUUUCUCUUACUUGACUCAAGCAAUUAAUAUAGUUGGCUCAUCUUGCAAAAGACAUGAUCAAUUAAGAGCUGCUCAGGCUGCAGAUAUUGCUGAAAAACUUGCCAUUGAUGAUGAAUUCGAGACUAGUAAAGAAAAAAAUCAGAUUGGAACAUUGAAACGAGCUGGAGAUACUCGAUGGGGUUCUCAUUUGGGUUCCAUUUGUAGUUUGAUAAACAUGUUCAGUGCUACUUGUGCCGUCCUAAGAAACAUAAUUAAUGAUGGAAGCAAAUCGAAUCAACGAGCUAAGGCAGAUGGAGUUUAUGAUUCCAUUACAUCUUUUGAGUUUGUCUUCAUCUUACAUUUUAUGAGGGAUAUCAUGGAGAUUACUGAUGAUCUUUGCCAAGCUUUGCAAAAAUUAAACAAUAGGUUUAAGGAAGAUGUAAUAGAAUUGCUUGUUCUUAGCUCAGCUUUGGAUCCUAGGAAUGGUUAUAGAUCAUUCAACAUUGAGGAUAUUUGCAAACUUGCAGAUAAAUUUUAUCCCAUGGAUUUCUCCGAGCAAGAAAAAUUGCAUUUGAAGUAUCAGUUAGAAAACUAUAAGCUUGAUAUUUCCAUACUUCCCGAGUUUCAGAAGCUGUCAACCAUUUCUGAGUUGUGCUAA